AUGGCAUCAACAAAUAAUCCACAAGAAUUUCUCAAUUCUCUGGAACUUGGUGAAGUAAGUGAUUUUGUAUCAGAUUUAUUUACGCUUUAUUCUUAUCUUGAUUUAGUAAAUGACGAUCAUUUUAAGAGUUUAUCGAUUAAAAUGGAGCAGCUUGUUACAAUGAAAAAUGCUCGAGGAGAACAAUACCCAGACGGUCGUAGUGGUCAUCAACUUCCGUUACUGGCUGGAGGAAGAAACCAUGAACAAGCAUCACAUUUAUGUGAUACGACUGGCUGUUUAAGAGAAGAACAUCUCUGCAUCGAAAAGCAGGAGGUCAAUCAAAGUCGAUGCAGAUGUGACGGUAUUGUAUUACAUAUUGGCAGAAAUAUUGCUGAUGAAUUUUGUAUAUUUCAGGUUACUCCUUGUAAGCAUAUGCCAUUGAUUUAUGUAAACAAGUAG